GAAAGGGUGUAUUGAUCAUUCCACAUCCCACCCACUCCUUAGACAAUAUUGUGUCCUAGGUUGUGCCCUUUGAAUGAAAUAGGAUAGCAGUCACCAACAUGGUUAAUCACAAGCACCCCUCAGUCAUUGUGUCUCUUUCUGUUUUAUCCCUCGGGUUAGUUUGUUCUUCGCCAAUUGAAUUAGGAUUGUACACCGCAUUUGAAGAAGGCCUAGAACAGCCGAUUUACAAAGAAAGAGAUGUGUUUCGUGACAAAAAAUUAGAUUUAAGUACAACAAGUUUCAAGACUGAAAACCGUAAAGCUCAAAAGACUAAAGAAACCGGCAGUAAAACAAAUCUAACAGUGCCACAUGAUGUUCUUGGAUCUUCUACGGACUUGUACAGGCUCAAUACUGAUGAAGGAGGAACUUGUAUUUUGAUUCAGACAGAUGCUUUGGUGGAAUUUAAAUUCACCACAACUUCAAAUCAGGUUGAGGAAAAGGAUGUGUUCAUACCAACAUCAGCGAUUGUAAAUGGUGACUGCAGUAAUGAGGAUAAACAGAAUAUAAUUUUAAAGUGGAAAUCUUUUGUACUGAUUAUAUAUUUCUCAAAGACUCCCGGUGGUGAAAGAUGGUUUGUUUCAAAACUUGAGCUCAAGUUUGACUCGUCUGACCACUUCUUUGAUCGCAUUAAAAACCCAGGCAGAACUUAUUUAUUGUCGAAUUCUAAUGGCAACGGACAACUCCUUUUUCCGACCCCUGUUGGAAAGUCGUAUGUGUGUGACAGAGAAAUUGAAAUUGCCCUUUCCAGCCCUGAUACUGACACAACUGCAAAAGUUUAUCUGAGGAAACUGAAAAUUGAACCUUUCAUUUUCAAAAAUGAUGAAUUUGGCCCAGAAUACAGGUGUUCGGCAUCCGGUGCCGGAUCUUACAGAAGCGAGACAGCACCCCUAGUUGUCGGGAGCAUGCUUGCCUCAGCAUGUCUCAUAACGAUCGUCGGAUAUGCUGUUUACCGGUAUUUCAACAUUGAGAAGGUCCAGUAUGACACAAUGGAGUAGGCCUUUUAUCACAGAUUUGCUUUCCAAUAGUUUCCAAAUUUUAUUGGAUUUACAAUCUAACCUCUUUAUUAAUGUGUUUUUGUUGCUUUUUAAGACAAUUUAUUCUUAAACAUUUGAA